AUGAAGGAAGCGUGUUGGCAGAAAAUAAUUUUGGAAGCCGCUGGAGCCUGUGUGACCAAGCAAGCUUUCAUUUUCCCCAUUCAUAAAACACAUCAGGAUGCCAUCUUCCUAGCUCAAACCCAGAACUACGCGUCUUUAAUUCAAUUUAAGAAAAGCGAAAGAUGGCGAAGCAGCAAUUUCUCAAUACCCAUUCUUCGACAACACAUAAGAUUGAAUCACCCAGAAUUAGAAGUUGGCAAGGGUCAACGCGGACAUCAUACGCCUAAGAAUCCUGAGGUUCUCCAUGUUGGAAAGGAGAUUCAAGCAUCAGCGAAACUAUAUGGGUGCGUUAUAUGCCAAAUCAGUUUUUACUGACUGCGGACCUAAAAGAUCAUUACCAACGCGAGCAUACAGCACAUUCUUUCAUAAUCAAUCCUGUGGAUUCAACAUGGCUGCAACUUGAUGCAUUCUCAAAGGAUGAAUUGAAUGAAAUUUCGACAUAUAGAUAUAAUCAUCUUCCAGCACUACCAAGAGAUCUUAUGGAGUGCAUCAAUGAAUUCAACUUGACUGACCAACAACAAAUACGAAAAACUUUAUGGAAGCAGAGACCUUUUGAUGCUAGCUAUGACCAGAAGGAGUCGCUUGACAAAGAUUGGGCACAAAAUUUCAUUCACAGUAUAUUGAUGGAAAUAGAGUGUCGUCAAUUAUCGCAAGAUGAUUUGGAGUCAUGGUAUAUCUCUCACAUAUGAGUGCUCUUGAUAGGUGCUUUGGUGAACUUGAUGAAGUUAAUGUUAUCAGAGGAGAGUCUGCAAGCAUAGCUUCUGGAAUACGCAAGGAAGAAAAUCGGAUUGCUGCUUCUACGACUUCAAUGAAGCGUCAAACGAUGGGUCACCGUGCAGGCCUUGUGAUACGAAAAUGAAAAGUCGAGUAUGCGGUGGAGAGACUGGAAAAAGCUAUACUAGCGAAAAUGAUACAAAAUUAUUGUUGGAACGUCAACUGAAGAUGCCAAAG